AUGCCUGGGUUGAAGUACAUGUCCGGAUUUGGAAAUGAACACGCUUCUGAGGAUUCGCGCUGCCCUGGAGCUUUACCAGAGGGACAGAAUAACCCGCAAGUCUGUCCAUACGGCCUGUAUGCAGAACAGCUCUCGGGCUCUGCUUUUACCUGUCCCCGGCCCACGAAUAAGAGAAGCUGGCUGUAUCGGAUCCUCCCGUCUGUUUGCCACAAACCCUUCCAGCCUCUUGAAGAGGGCCACUUGACACACAGCUGGGAUGACAUUGAGCCUGACCCCAACCAGCUGCGGUGGAAACCUUUCGAGAUCCCGAAAGCCUCCCAGGAUAAGCUGGACUUCGUGAGUGGACUGCACACCUUGUGUGGUGCUGGCGAGCCCCGAGGACGCAACGGCAUCGCUGUCCACAUCUUUGUCUGCAACACCUCCAUGCUUGACAGAUGCUUUUAUAAUUCAGAUGGUGACUUCCUGAUAGUGCCUCAGCAGGGGAAACUGCUCAUCACAACCGAGUUUGGGAAGCUGCUAGUGGAGCCCAAUGAGAUCUGCGUAAUCCAGCAAGGAAUGCGUUUCAGUGUGGAGGUGUUUGGUGAGACCAGAGGCUACAUCCUGGAGGUGUACGGUGCACACUUUGAGCUGCCUGACCUGGGACCCAUCGGAGCCAAUGGUCUGGCUAACCCUCGGGAUUUCUUGGUGCCUGUUGCAUGGUAUGAGGAUCGCCAAGUGCCAGGGGGCUACACAGUGAUCAGCAAGUACCAGGGCAAGCUGUUUGCAGCCCAGCAGGAUUUCUCCCCCUUCAAUGUUGUAGCCUGGCAUGGGAACUACACGCCAUACAAAUACAAUCUGGAUAACUUUAUGGUCAUUAACGCUGUUGCUUUUGACCACGCGGAUCCUUCUAUUUUCACUGUCCUGACAGCCAAGUCUACCCGUCCUGGAGUGGCAGUUGCUGACUUUGUCAUAUUCCCCCCACGAUGGGGGGUAGCUAACAACACCUUCCGGCCACCCUACUACCACAGGAACUGCAUGAGCGAGUUCAUGGGGCUCAUCAGAGGCCACUAUGAAGCAAAGGAAGAAGGCUUCCAGCCUGGAGGGGCCAGCUUACACAGCAUGAUGACUCCUCACGGGCCAGAUGCUGACUGUUUUGAGAAGGCAAGCAAAGCCAAGCUGGAGCCUGAGAGGGUUGCAGAAGGGACUAUGGCCUUCAUGUUUGAGUCUUCCUUCAGUUUGGCUGUUACCAAAUGGGGCCUCAAGACCUCCAACCGCCUAGAUAAAAAUUACUACAAGUGCUGGGAACCUCUGAAAAGCCACUUCAAUCCUAAUUGCAAGUAA